AUGGCUUCAGCCGACAGUCUGUACACAUACAACCCAAGCCAUGCCCUCCCUAUUGCCUUUGCCAAUGUCAUCGGUGUAUCACUAGUUUUACACAUCCUUCAGAACUUCCGUUAUGCAUAUUGGAGGAUCACCUUCUUCAUGUUCUGGGGCGGCACCGUCUUCAUGACCGGAUGGAUUCUGCGCACCUUCUCGACCUACAACCAGGCAAAUCUAGGCCUGUAUAUUGCACAGUCCGUCUGCAUUUACGGUGGCCCUCCCAUUUACUCUGCCGCCGGGUACAACAUCCUCGGUCGCCUCAUGCACUACCUCCCCAUGCAUGCACCACUCAACCCCGACCGGGUCCUCUACUUCUUCAUCUAUCUCGGGGUUCUCGUCGAAUCGCUCACCGCUGCAGGGGCAGCACGCAUUGCCGCUGCCGCGGACGACCUGUCCGUGUACAAGAGCGGGGGUACGUUGAUAACCAUCGGCCUCGUGCUGCAAGCCAUGGUCGAGAGCAUUUUUGCCGGCAUGGUCGCCUGGCUCCACCGCCGCUGCGUGCGCUCAGGAACACUCCCCCGCAACGUCCGCACCAUUUGCAUUAUGCUCUACGGCACCUCGGUGCUCGUGAUUUUGCGCUGCGUCUUCCGCGCCAUCGAGGCUUUCAGCACGUUCACUUCUCCGGAAUCGUGCUCGUCGUUGUGCCAGGCCUUCUACGACCAUGAAUGGUAUGUAUACGCAUUCGAAGCAGCGCCCAUGGUUCUAUACACAUAUUGGCUGAACAUCAUUCAUCCUGGACGGUUCUUGCCGCGCCAAAAGAAUCGGUAUCUCGACAUGGAUGGCACGACAGAACGUUAUGGGCCUGGUUGGAUAGAGCAGCGAGCUACUUGGUGGACUUUCGUUGAUCCAUUUGAUAUCCGCAAUCGUGUUAAGGGCGAGACCCGGCAUGAGAAAUUCUGGGAACAGCCUGACAAAUGGCCAGCAUGCGAUGACGGAAGUUUUGUCGAAAAGACAGCAACGAACACUUCGACAGGGAUAACGAGGGCAGAGAAAAUGAAUUCUUGA